UUUAAAGGUUGGGGGGCAGAGGCUGAUACUGCGCGUUAUGAAGCUAGGCCGGCCCGAGGCCCCACGAGGGCCCACGAGUUCACGCCGGGAUGGCCAGACCCCACGCCAGCGUUCUUCCGCAAGUUCCAGUGGCCUUGGGGAAGCUGCUUCCGGGCUGUUUGCAUCCGUGACCGGAAGAGGCGGGACGUGAGCGGAGGGAGCUGGGAGGUGCAGGUUUGCUCCGGGGUGGCGGGUGGUGAGGGGAGGACGGUCUUGCUGUGGGGCGGGGCCUCCUGGCCCUGCUCUGGUCCCCAGGGGUGGGUCGGAGUGCGGGCAAAGAGACGCCUCUGUCCGUUAGGGCGCGCUGACGUCACCAGCCGGCCGUUAGCCCUCUGGGGACGUCCUAGGCCAGCCCUCUGGCGGGGAAGCCUCCAGGAGAGGAAAAGCUGUACUCUGCUCCCCUCCCCCAGUGCUCCGGACCCGCAGCGAAUCACGUGGGGGAGAGCGGCCCUUCAGGCAGGAGGGGCUGUGCUCGGGAGGACCAUGGAAAAGCCUGUCUGCUGUUCGCGACUUUCCAGGUUUGGCAUCAGAGACUGGCCGGAGCCCAAGUCCAUGGCUUUUCUGGAGACAUUGGCCAAAUAUGACGUCGAUACAGCUGUCCGGCUGAUCUUAUGCCGAGAAAAAUUCAUCGUGAAGGAAGUGUACAAGUAUUUGGACUAUCAGGACAUGCUGAGGGACAGGAGGAGGGAGCUGCUGUACCAGAAAUGGGCUGUGAAUGUCAGGGACCCUCUGCAGCAGCUGAUCACCCAGAAAGUGGCUGCCACCCACCUCACCGCCAAGGAGAAGCUCGAGGCCGCCGACAACUACCUCAAGUACAGCAACAAGAGGGGCAGAGCUUUCAUUGAUCACUAUGACCCUCGGGAGUACGACCCAUUUUUAAUGAGGAAUAAGGACCCGGCGUAUCUCAAGGUCAUAGUCCCUCUGUUCCGGGACCCCACGCUCGUAGCCCAGCAAGGCAGGGACGAGGAGAACCGAGCCAUUCUCCAGUGUGAGACAGGGAAGAGAUACACGAUGAAGGAGUUCAAGGAAGUGGAGAAGGCCCGGAAGCUCGAGAAGCUGCCCCCAUUCUCCUUCGCCCGGGCCCGCAGAUGCCCCACCUCGGCGCCCCCCGAAAGCCGAGGCUUCGCCCGCAGCAGGGUUCCCUUCAGGGCCCACGCCAGGCCAGGCACCACGGGGAGGAGUCGCGACGGCCCGAGGCACUUCCCAAUCCUGGAGGACACACUGGAGAAGGCGAUGUCUUCGGCCUGCAGCACGCUGUCCCUGGAUGAGGUGGGCAGCACCAGGGCCAGCAGCAAGGCUGCGGAGGCCUGGGCCCACCGCCCGGCAUUGCUCAGGUCCCGGGUGCCGCCCGCCAGCCACAAAGUGCGCCAUGCGUACCAGGAGAGGCCGGCCUACAUCCCCAGCGUGGGCCAGGCCUUGCACUGGCCAUGAGGAGGUCGGCGUGGGGACCCCCAGUACCGGCCUGAGCUGGCAACCAGAAGCUCCAUGUUUCCUCCUGGAGGGGCACUGAACUGGAGGAGCGGGCCCCCAGGGGCUCCACCUGUGCAGGAGGCCGGGUGGAUUUCUGACCUCGGGACCAGAGACCCCAGUUUGGGGGGGCAUUUCUGCUCCUAGGAGGCCGACGACUUUCUGGGGGAUUGGAGGAAACGCCAGAGUAGCCCGAGGGCCAAAUAAAGCCACUUGUUUGUGUCACUACA